AUGUUGCCUCGCGCUUCUCGAUCGCCUUGCUGGCGCAUUUCGCCGCGUUUUAUACCUCGUCGUCCCGCGACCCUGUGCGCAGCUCAACACAGAGCCUUUUCGGUUACCAAGGGCCCUCUACGGAAACAAGAAGAGACCACCUCGCUCUCAGACACGAAGACAUCCACAUCUACUCCUAACACCUCGACACCUGGGCCGUCAGUCAAUAAACCCGCUUCAAGCCCUCCGACAACUCAAAAUGCAGCCACCACCACCACCACCACCACCACGACUAAGAAGAAGGACUUGCUCAGUGAGGCCACUGUGGCCAGUAAGGAACAAAGAAAGGCAGACUUGGCUAUUAUGAAGGAGAUGGCGAAAUAUCUCUGGCCAAAGGAUGACUGGGGAACGAAACUUCGGGUUGGAACUGCUCUGUCGUUGCUAGUUGGAGCAAAGGUUUUGAAUGUUGAGGUCCCAUUCUAUUUCAAGAGCAUCGUGGACUCGAUGAACGUAGACUUUGCGGCUGUUGGCGGGACUGCCUAUACAGUAGCGGGAUCGAUGAUCAUUGCCUAUGGCGCUACUAGAAUCGGUGCUACGCUUUUUCAAGAGCUUCGAAAUGCGGUUUUCGCGAGUGUGGCCCAGAAGGCUAUCCGCAAGGUUGCACGGAAUGUUUUCGACCAUCUCUUGCGACUAGACCUCAACUUCCAUCUCUCCCGGCAGACCGGUGGACUCACCAGGGCAAUUGAUCGUGGAACAAAAGGUAUCAGCUUCCUGCUGACAUCCAUGGUGUUUCACGUGGUACCUACAGCCCUCGAGAUCUCCCUCGUGUGUAGUAUCUUGACCUAUCAAUAUGGACUCAAGUUCGCCGCUAUUACUGCGGCUACUAUGGUCGCCUAUUCCGCUUUCACUAUAACGACAACUGCUUGGAGAACCAAAUUCCGCAAGCAAGCCAACGCAGCCGAUAACCGGGGGGCCACCGUUGCAGUCGAUUCCCUGAUCAACUACGAAGCAGUCAAAUACUUCAACAACGAGAAAUUCGAGGUCGCGCGUUAUGACAAGGCUCUCAAGGCCUACGAGGAUGCCUCGAUCAAGGUCACGACCUCCCUGGCUUUUCUCAAUUCGGGACAGAACAUGAUCUUCUCCAGCGCCCUUGCCGCAAUGAUGUAUCUCGCUGCUGAUGGUGUGGCUGCCGGUAGCCUGACCGUUGGUGAUCUGGUCAUGGUUAACCAGCUCGUCUUCCAGCUGUCGGUUCCACUGAACUUUUUAGGCUCUGUAUACCGGGAAUUGCGCCAGUCAUUACUAGACAUGGAGACAUUAUUUAACCUGCAAAAGGUGAAUGUGAACAUCACCGAGCGCCCUCAUGCCAAGGCGUUGGAUCUCCGACAGGGAGGGGAAAUCCGAUUCGAAAACGUGACUUUCGGAUACCAUCCCGAACGGCCCAUCCUCAAGAACACUAGCUUUACAAUCCCUGCUGGUCAGAAGUUUGCUAUCGUGGGGCCGAGUGGCUGUGGAAAGUCGACGAUUCUGAGAUUAUUGUUUCGGUACUACGAUGUCCAACAGGGCCGGAUUCUGGUCGACGGCCAAGAUAUUCGGGACGUUACCGUGGAAAGCUUACGGAAGGCAAUUGGUGUUGUGCCCCAGGACACACCAUUGUUCAACGACACGAUUGAACACAACAUCCGCUAUGGCCGAAUGGAUGCCUCGGACGAGGAGGUGCGCCGGGUUGCGCGACGAGCACACAUCCACGCGCUUAUCGAGAAGUUACCUGAAGGCUAUAAAACGGCAGUAGGGGAGCGUGGAAUGAUGAUUUCCGGUGGUGAAAAACAGCGAUUGGCCAUCUCGCGAUUGCUGCUGAAGGACCCACAACUUCUAUUCUUUGACGAAGCGACAUCUGCGCUUGACACAUAUACCGAACAGGCGUUGAUGCAAAACAUCAAUAGCAUUCUGAAGGAGAAGGGUCGAACCAGCGUGUUCGUGGCACACCGAUUGCGCACGAUCUACGACUGUGAUCAGAUCCUGGUGUUGAAGGAAGGACAUGUGGCAGAGUUGGGAUCGCAUCGAGAGCUUCUCGAACUGAAUGGGAUUUAUGCGGAGUUGUGGAAUGCCCAGGAAACCUCUCUCACACAGGAUCCAGAGUAG